AUGUCCCGGUACCUCCGCCCGGUGUGUCGCCUGGCGACCUCCGUCGUGCGCAGUCCUGUUUCUUCUCAUGCGCUUCGCUCCACUCCGCUGUCUUCGCGGAGCACCCAGCUCCUGGCUUCCGGCAUAUCUGCUUCGCACCGGAGGACGUAUGCCUCAACUGGUAACGUCAAGGAGUACACGGUUCGUGAUGCCCUCAACGAAGCUCUCGCCGAGGAGCUCGAGGCCAACCCCAAGGUGUUCAUUCUCGGUGAGGAAGUCGCCCAAUACAACGGUGCCUAUAAGGUCACAAAGGGUCUCCUCGACCGCUUCGGCGAAAAGCGAGUUAUCGACACCCCAAUUACCGAGUCUGGCUUCUGUGGUUUGGCUGUUGGUGCCGCUCUGAGUGGCCUCCACCCAGUGUGCGAGUUCAUGACCUUCAAUUUCGCUAUGCAGGCCAUUGAUCAGAUCAUCAACUCAGCUGCCAAGACGCUCUACAUGUCCGGUGGCAUUCAACCCUGCAACAUUACCUUCCGUGGCCCCAAUGGAUUUGCUUCUGGUGUCGCUGCCCAGCAUUCACAGGACUACAGUGCCUGGUAUGGUAGCAUACCUGGUCUCAAGGUGGUCUCGCCUUGGAGCGCCGAGGAUGCAAAGGGCCUGCUGAAGGCUGCCAUCCGUGACCCAAACCCGGUUGUAUUCCUAGAGAACGAGCUCAUGUAUGGCCAGUCCUUCCCUAUGUCGGAAGCUGCCCAGAAGGACGACUUCGUCAUUCCUUUCGGCAAGGCCAAGAUCGAGCGCCCCGGAAAGGACUUGACUAUGGUGACGCUCUCGCGCUGUGUAGGCCAAACUCUGGUCGCUGCCGAGAAUCUGAAGAAGAAGUACGGAAUUGAAGCGGAGGUCAUCAACCUCCGCUCCAUCAAGCCGCUUGACGUUGAGGCCAUUGUCAAGUCUGUCAAGAAGACCCACCGUCUUGUGUCGGUUGAGUCGGGCUACCCUGCGUUCGGUGUCGGUGCGGAGAUUCUGGCCCUCACUAUGGAGUACGCCUUCGAUUACCUUGACGCCCCGGCCCAGCGCAUCACCGGCUCUGAUGUGCCUACACCCUAUGCUGCGAAGCUGGAGGAGCUGAGCUUCCCAACUGAGAGCCUCAUCGAGGACUAUGCUGCGAAGCUGCUUCGGGUGUAA